UCGUGUGGCUGACAUUGCAACAGUUCUUCAACCUGGAGAUACUCUCAAGGUCAUGAUUCUAAGCCAUUACCGUGAGAGAGGUCGUGUGAGUCUUUCUACCAAGAAGCUGGAGCCCACCCCUGGCGAUAUGAUCCGCAAUCCAAAGCUUGUUUUUGAGAAGGUAAUUCUUGGAACUGAAAAUUUUAUCAUGAACGUUCUGUUUCUAUACAGAAUUCAA